CAGGAGAGGGACUGCUAGGCUAAACACUGUCCACAAAAGACGUUUUCUUUCUGCGAGCUACAAACGAACAAGCCCGGCAAAAAGCCAGGCGGGGAGGACGCGCACUGACAGUCUCCAGCGACUGUUUAUUUCCAGCAGCUGUACGUUGACCUGCGUUAUUCCACAUACAGCAGCAGAUGAAAGUAGCAAUGCCUGAGAAACAUGUCACACAAAGAAGAUAAUGAAGGGAAAAGAAGCUCUCACCGCACUGAAUUGUACGCCAGCAUCCCUCCAAAAUGCCUGCCAAUUGUAUACCACCCAGACUACAACAUCACCUUCAUGGGCCUUGAAAAGCUCCAUCCGUUUGAUGCGGGGAAGUGGGGGAAAGUCAUUCACUUCUUGAAAGAGGAGCAGUUCAUCACUGAUGGUAACAUUGUGGAAGCCCGUGAAGCCACUGAAGAGGAUCUGCUGGUGGUUCAUACCAAACGCUACCUCAACCGAUUAAAGUGGUCUCUGGUGGUGGCAACAAUUACAGAAAUCCCUCCUCUGGUGUUUCUGCCUAAUUUCCUGGUGCAGCGAAAGGUGUUGAGACCUCUGCGGACACAGACGGGUGGAACAAUAAUGGCAGGAAAACUGGCUGUUGAGAGAGGAUGGGCCAUAAAUGUAGGAGGAGGCUUCCACCACUGCUCCGGUGACAAAGGAGGGGGCUUUUGUGCCUACGCUGACAUCACUCUGGCUAUCAAGUUUCUCUUUGAGAGAGUGGAAGGCAUCUGCAGGGCUACCAUCAUCGAUCUGGAUGCUCAUCAGGGAAAUGGACAUGAGCGUGACUUCUUGGAUGAUGGGCGAGUGUUCAUCAUGGAUAUGUAUAAUCCCUUCAUCUACCCCAGGGAUGGAUAUGCCAAAAGAGCCAUAAAGAAGAAGGUGGAGCUGGACUGGGGAACUGAGGACUCGGAGUACCUUCAGAAAGUAGAGAUCCACUCCGAGGGAGCGCUGAACGAGGUCCGACCGGACAUCAUUGUCUACAACGCAGGGACGGACAUCUUGGACGGGGACCCGCUCGGAGGACUCUCAGUCUCACCACUGGGCAUUAUUAGGAGAGAUGAGAUUGUGUUCAGGGCCGCGAGGCGACGGGGCAUCCCCAUACUCAUGGUGACAUCGGGGGGAUACCAGAAGAAAACAGCACGCAUCAUCGCGGACUCCAUCCUCAACUUGGAGCAGCAGGGCCUGAUAGGAGCGGAGGCGAUGGAGGGGGAGGGAUCAUCACCACUGGUGUCUAGCAUGAUGUCCACCUCUGGAUCAGCUGGAUCCAGAUUCACUGCUGUCUGAAGGUUUAACAUUCACAGGUGUUGUGACAGGUGUUGUGGGCACUGAGGUAACUUAGUGUGUGACAGGCAGCUAUGGCAAAGUCAGGUUAUCGCUGUCACACAGAAAUGUGUUUAUUUGAAAUUUCUGACAGCAGGGUUACACCAGGCGUGUUUGCACAUAUAAAACAAACAAAAAAUGAGAUAUGGUAAAUUUUUUACAUUUUUUAUGCGCAAGUCGGCAGUUAUUCAAAGGGAAUAAUCAUUCAAAGAGAAAAAUGAUACUGAAACAAUAGCUUUCUCCUAAUUUCAUAAGCUCUCACAUGCCACAAAAAGAGCUGUUUAAACUUUAAUCAGUAAGGGAGUGAUGGGUUUUAUGUUUAAUUUAUGUUCGGGGCAGCAUUUUAAAGAGGUAUUCUUUCAUCUCAGGAAAUGUAAUAAUAUAAUUUGUGAAAGAUAUGAUACAUUAAUAGUCCGUGAAAUGGUACAGAGGUUUGAUAUUCUUACAGAUGCACUGUAAGUGUAAUAAUUAUCCUCCAUCGCAGUUUGUGGUCAUGGAGGUGAAACACAAGACAAUUGCUCAUGAAAGAAUUAAGUGAUGUUUAACCCUCAUACAGAAGAUGUCUUCAUCCCUCAUUAGAAUUUUCAUGUAUCAUUUCUAGUAUUACAUUUUGGUGUUUUUCGCUCCAGAUUAUAUAAUAAUCAAAAUGAAGCUAACAGUGUGUCAUUAAUCAACUUCGACCAUUGUUUGUUUUUUGAACUUUAAUGCGGUUGAUGCUCUGAUUUCUGCAGUUCAUGUUUACAGGGAGCCCAAUAUGACUUUAAUGUAUUUUGUCUCUUAUCUUUGAACAAAUCAGAAACACUAAAAAUACUCUGAGCACUUUUAACUGCUGUGUGGUGAAAGUAAAGUUCACCAACAUUCCCAAAGCUGUUGAAAAUGGAUGUUGUUGUUGCAGUGUGCGUUUUGGACAUGACAUCAAAGGUCCAAAAACUGAAAUGUGUGUGAUUAAUGAGCAAGCCGGUACGCUGCAGCUUUUCAUGGGUUUUCACUUCUGAUCGGUGUGCCGUCAGACACACAGAACUCCCCUAAUGAUGUACACACACAGAAAAAAAAAAAAAAAAAGGGACAAAACAGAAAACAUUAGAUCAAUAGGAUUAAUGCAGCUGCUGGAAGAAUAUCACAGUUUCCAACAGACUUUCAUCAUACACAUAUAGAAAACUGCAGUCUGUAUAGGUGUGUGUACUUUUAAGUAAAACGUUUAAGUUUGUGUCUUAAAUUUGUAUCUAAAAAGUAUUAAGUGACAGAAGUUUUGUGCUCCCAUCCCUUACUCAUAGAGAACAUACUGAUAUCUAUACUGUAACUUUGUAUGUUGGUGGCUGA